AUGCGCAAACUCUUCCCUGAUUUGGUUCAUGGAGCGGUCGGUUCCUCUGCGCCUCUGGAAGCAAAGCUGGACUUCUACGAAUACUUACAAGUUGUCGAAUCAUCAAUCCGCAGCUACAGCAACUCAUGCGCGGAAGAGAUAGCAAAGGGUUUCGAGGAUAUACAUCAGUCCAUGCUAACGAGAUCAGGACGGCAAAACCUGUCAAAUAUCUUCAAGUAA